AUGGAACGGAAUGGGUCCAGCAAUGGGCAGGAUGGCAAGCCCCAGAAGUCGCCGCCAGCGUCCGGCGCAAGCAAAAGCCCCAAGAAGAGACGUAAAGUCAAUCAUGCUUGUGUGUAUUGUCGCCGAUCCCAUAUGACAUGCGAUUUGGAACGCCCAUGUGCACGCUGUAUAAAGCGUAAUAUCGGACACCUUUGCCAUGACGAGCCCCGCGAACCGGAGUCAGCCACGAAGAAGUCGAAGAGUCAACAUAGCAAUUCCGCGGCGGAGGAUGAUGGGUCGCCAGACCAAGCCCAAGCCAGCGCUGACAACGGCAUGAGCAAUUCAUUCGAACAAUCCCAGGAUCACUCCCAAGAUAGCAGUCUCACCUUGGGCAGCGCUGCACUUUCGCAAGGCGGACCAUUACAACUCGUUCAGCCGUCACCCGUUUCCGGGAUCCAGGCAAAUGCUCUCAAUGCAAAUAGCAACCAAUUCAUCGGAUAUUCUAACGACUGGCUUGGUACACAAAGUCAAUUCCAAGAUAUGCACAACUACCACCCUUCUUACAUGUUCAACGCGCCGGAGGUCACAAAUGAAUACAACCUGCUGAACGAUUUCCUCAACAACAGUUUGCUCGACGACGGUGCUUUACUUCCUGACGACACCUCAAAUCUCUUCCCUGAUCAAUCUGCUACUAUGUUACCUGGAGCAAGCAACGCAGGCCCUUCUGGCACCCAGCCAUCUUCUUUGGCGCCCGGAAAUCCUUUGGGGAACGCAAUAUCUAGACCAACCAGUGUGAUUCCUACCGACAAGGCACGAGAGUAUUAUCUGCAAGCAGCAGAUCCUACGGGUAACGAUGCUCCUGAGGAGCGCAUGCAACGGCUUCUGCGCGCGAAGUAUGAUGCGGGCAUGCUGAAGCCCUUCAAUUACGUCAAAGGAUAUGCACGAUUAUCGGCAUACAUGGACGGUCACAUGCACUCGGCUUCGAAGCAAAAGAUACUACGACAGCUCGAUCGUUUCAGGCCCAAGUUCCGCGAGAAGGUUCAAGCCUUGACCGAUAUCGAGCUCAUAUACGUUGAGAUGUGGUUUGAGCGCAGCUUGAUGGAAUACGACCGAGUUUUCGCAAGCAUGGCUAUACCAGCAUGUUGCUGGAGAAGAACUGGCGAAAUCUUCCGGGGCAACAGAGAAAUGGCAGAAUUGAUACAUGUGCCAAUCGAGAAAUUGAGAGACGGCAAGAUUGCAUUACACGAGAUUCUCAUGGAAGAGUCUCUGGUCAACUAUUGGGAGAAAUUCGGUGCUAUAGCAUUCGAUUCCACUCAGAAAGCACUUUUGACGAGCUGUUCUCUGAAGAACCCAGACGAUAAAUCGAAAGACCCGACCAUCAAAUGCUGUUUCUCUUUCACUAUCAGAAGAGAUGAUCACAAAAUUCCUUCUCUCAUCAUCGGAAACUUCCUACCUCAGGAUCCAGUCAAGCGGUGA